AUGCUUCAAACGCCAUUUUUAUUUGUAUUAAUAAGUGGUCCAGACGAUACUCCCUACCAGAAUGGACUGUUCGAGUUUGACGUGUUUUUCCCUGUAAAUUACCCGCAACAACCUCCAAAAUGCUCAUUUCUUACUACAGGGUCUGGUAAUGUUCGUUUCAACCCAAAUUUGUACAACGACGGCAAAAUCUGUCUUUCAAUUCUAGGCACAUGGGAAGGAAGGCCAGAGGAGAAAUGGAGUCCUCUAUGUUCCCUUCUUCAAGUCUUAAUUUCUAUUCAGGGACUCAUAUUUGUCCACCAGCCCUAUUUCAACGAGCCAGGAUUUGAAAAAGGUCAAGGAACUACAAAAGGAGACGAAAAUUCUCGAAAAUACAAUUUACACAUAGAAAAUGCAACUCUAGUCUAUGCAAUAUACGAACAAUGGAAAAAUGGCCCAAUUUAUUUUCGGGAUAUAAUUAAAAGACAUUUUUGGGCUAAAAGAGAAUCUGUGUUAAAACAGGCAGAAAGGUGGCUACAACAAGUUGUGGAUGAAGUUAGAAAUAAUAGUGGACCUAAAAAGGAGGAACCUAAUGGAAUGGUGGAGAGCGUUUUUAGUAGUUCUAAUGUACAGGUAGAAUAUUAUAGUGAUCGAAAAAAAUUUUUUUGA